UCGGUUCAGUUCGGCUCGGCUCGGCUCGCGUUCGGUUCAGUUCGGCUCGGUUCGGCUGAGUUCGGCUCGCGUUCGGGGCUCGGCCCGGCUGGGGCACAGCACGCAGACCCUUCUUUCAUGGCCGAGGUGAGGGUGAAGAUGCAGCCUCCCGAUGCCGACCCGGUCGACAUAGAAAACAGGAUCAUAGAACUAUGUCACCAGUUCCCUCAUGGGAUCACGGACCAAGUAAUUCAGAACGAGAUGCCCCAUAUAGAAGCGCAGCAGAGGGCGAUGGCCAUCAACAGACUCUUGUCCAUGGGACAAUUAGAUCUCCUAAGAAGCAAUACAGGUCUUCUGUACCGAAUAAAAGAGUCUCAAAGUACUGGGAAAAUGAAGGGCUCAGACAACCAAGAAAAGCUAGUUUAUCAAAUUAUAGAGGAUGCGGGAAACAAAGGUAUCUGGAGCAGAGAUAUUAGAUACAAAAGUAACCUGCCUCUAACGGAAAUAAACAAAAUCUUAAAGAACUUGGAGAGCAAAAAACUCAUCAAAGCUGUUAAAUCUGUGGCUGCCUCGAAAAAGAAGGUGUAUAUGUUGUAUAAUCUCCAGCCUGACCGGUCCGUGACUGGUGGAGCCUGGUAUAGUGACCAAGACUUUGAAUCGGAGUUUGUAGAAGUGCUAAACCAGCAGUGUUUUAAAUUCCUACAGUCCAAGGCAGAAGCGGCACGAGAAAGUAAGCAAAACCCCAUGAUUCAGCGAAACAGUUCAUUUGCUUCCUCUCAUGAAGUGUGGAAGUACAUUUGUGAACUGGGCAUUAGUAAGGUAGAAUUGUCCAUGGAGGACAUUGAAACAAUUUUGAACACCCUCAUUUAUGAUGGGAAAGUGGAGAUGACGAUCAUUGCUGCAAAAGAAGGGACAGUGGGCAGUGUGGAUGGCCACAUGAAACUGUAUAGGGCCGUCAAUCCAAUCAUACAGCCCACUGGCUUGGUUCGUGCACCCUGUGGACUCUGCCCAGUUUUUGAUGACUGUCACGAGGGUGGUGAGAUUUCACCAUCAAACUGUAUUUAUAUAACAGAGUGGCUAGAGUUUUAGUAAAGAACAAUCAACUCUGGCCAUAUUUUGUAUUCAAAGGCAACAAAUGCAGUGACUUUUAAAUUGAGAAAUUGAAUCUACUUGGGACCAUCGAAGUUCACUUGAGAGGUAACUUCACAGACCGGAGUAUAGAUUUCCUGCUCUGAAGAACAGAGGCUCAAGAUUUCCUCCAACUUCUGUUGACUGCGUAAGGACUAGCAUUAUUUGAAGUCACCCAUGAGAUCAUUAGUAGAAAGACUGGAACAACAAGCGAGUGGCUCUUGAAAAGUGGCACAAGUACACUAUUGGAAGGAAUGAGUUUUUCGCGGUUGGUGGUGAAAAAUGUCAGACAGUUCUCACAUUUGCCAACAACUGCAAGAGCUCAAAAUUUCCAAGUGGUAGCUUGUUAGUGUCAAGAAAUUUCAGGCUGCCUAAUGGGAGAAACCUGGAGCCUUUUCACAAACAGACUGGGACAGCAGGAAGUUGGGACCCAGUGUCCUACUCGAGUGAGGAGGGAGUAAGGAGGUGGGGGGCGGCAACAGAGGUGAUGGCACUAUGGUCUGUUGGGGGGGAGAUGGGGAAGGGGAAGAUUUUUUUUGCCCCAUCCCCGCCUCUCCCUUCCACGGAUCGAGAUGUUCUUUGUGGUGACAUGGUUCUGCUUUCGACGCAACUUUUCUGAAGAAACUUUUAACAACUGCCAAGAAUUUCCAGACCGUCGGGAGGCUGAGUUUGUGACAGAUCCUGAAAAUUUAGCAGCUACGUUGCACAGCAACAUUGGGUGUUUAAUUUAAUGACAAAUUAGGUACAUAAAAACAAAUGUUUGACUUACCGUAAAAUAGGGUUUUAUUCCUUCAGUUAGCACUCUUAAGUCUGUGGACUCUCAGCUGAUGGUGUGAAAUCUACCUUUCUUCUUCAAUCUUCUGAAUCAAUACUGGUAAUACUGGUGUGCAUUUUUGUGGCACCUUUGAUUCACUUUAUCUCAUUUCACCCUCAUGUAAUUUAUCAUUUUUUUCUGGGAUGGAAUGCAAGUAAGAAAUGAAACUUCUUUAAAAUGUAUAUGCACUAACUAGCAGUUAAAUUAAAUUUCUAGGUUACUCCACUGUA